AUGGCAGAGAAGCGGGAUCGGGAUGAGUUGGCUCCCGGCCCUUCCGUGCUGUUUCUGCACCCAGACCUGGGCGUGGGCGGCGCCGAGCGCCUGGUGCUGGACGCGGCGCUGGCCCUGCAGGCGCGCGGAUGCAGCGUGAGGAUCUGGACCGCGCACUACGACCCGGGCCACUGCUUCGCCGAGAGCCGCGAGCUGCCGGUGCGCUGCGCCGGGGACUGGCUGCCGCGCAGCCUGGGCUGGGGCGGCCGCGGCGCCGCGCUCUGCGCCUACGUGCGCAUGGUCUUCCUGGCGCUCUACGUGCUGUUCCUCGGCGACGAGGAGUUCGACGUGGUCGUGUGCGACCAGGUGUCUGCCUGUAUCCCAGUGUUGAAGCUGGCCAGACGGCGUAAGAAGAUCUUGUUUUAUUGUCACUUCCCAGAUCUGCUUCUCACCCAGAGGGAUUCUUUUCUUAAACGUCUGUACAGGGCCCCGAUUGACUGGGUAGAAGAAUACACCACAGGUAUGGCUGACUGCAUCUUGGUCAACAGUCAGUUCACAGCUGCCAUAUUUAAGAAAACAUUUAAGUCCCUGUCUCACAUGGACCCCGCUGUCCUCUACCCAUCUCUGAAUGUUACCAGUUUUGACUCAGCGGUCCCUGAAAAGCUUGACGAUCUAGUCCCCAAGGGAAAAAAAUUCCUGUUCCUCUCCAUCAACAGAUAUGAAAGGAAGAAAAACCUGACUCUGGCACUGGAAGCCCUCGUAGAGCUGCGUGGAAGACUGACAUCCCAAGACUGGGACAAGGUCCAUCUGAUUAUGGCGGGUGGUUACGAUGAGAGAGUCAUGGAGAAUGUGGAACACUAUCAGGAGCUCAAGAAAAUGGCCCAGCAGUUUGACCUUGACCAGUCUGUGACCUUCCUGCGGUCUUUCUCGGACAAACAGAAAAUCUCACUCCUCCACGGCUGCACCUGCGUGAUUUACACACCGAGCAAUGAGCACUUUGGCAUCGUCCCCGUGGAGGCCAUGUACAUGCAGUGCCCCGUCAUUGCUGUUCAUUCCGGUGGGCCCUUGGAGUCCAUUGUCCACAGCGUCACAGGGUUUUUGUGUGAGCCUGACCCCAUGCACUUCUCAGAAGCCAUGGAGAAGUUUAUCAAGGAACCUUCCUUAAAGGUCACCAUGGGGCUGGCUGGCAGAGCCAGGGUGAAGGAAAAGUUUUCCUCGGAAGCAUUUACAGAACAGCUUUACCAAUAUGUCACCAAACUGCUGGUAUAA